AAGCCAGCCUCGACCAGUCCCAUUGAUCUCUCCAUCUUCCCUCACUUCCUAUCUAUCCCAUCUCCUUUAAAUAUCACUCCUCCUCUGAUCCCAUAAUUUCAUAUUAAUGAACAUUUACAAUCCCAAGACUCAAUUACCAAUAUUCAAAGCCCACUUCUCUGCAAGCAGUUCCAGAUCCAAUGGGCAAGAAGAUGAUGAAGAAGCUGCCUUCUUUGUUCAAAAACAGAUCAGAAACAAAGCUGCAGCCAUGGCAAUGGCCCUUGUGCAAGCAUCCCAGGACCUAUUCAUUCCGAGCUGGGGAUCAUGACAUGUUCAAGACAGUGAACUCUGUUUUCUUUGAUCCCAUCAUCAUCGAUGGAGUCGAAACACCCGAGUCAGCUUGGUUCUCAAAUUCUUCCGAAUCCGCAAGCAACUCAACCGAGUCCGAGUUCGACUUUGAUGGGGAAUCCCUGGAAAUGGUUGUGCGUAGUGUGAGGUCCGAGAGGCUGUUUUACGAGCCAGGUGACACAAGCUCGAUCUUAGAGAAGGCGAAAGAUGGAGGUCUACCAUUUAAAGAGAGCGUAGUUUUGGCCAUGGAGUCGGAGGACCCAUACCUUGAUUUCAGGACGUCAAUGGAGGAAAUGGUGGAGUGUCAUGGGCUGAAAGAUUGGGAGUGCUUAGAGGAGUUGCUGGGAUGGUAUUUGAAGAUGAAUGGGAAGAAGAAUCAUGGGUUUAUUGUUGGAGCCUUUGUGGAUCUGCUUUUUGGUCUUGCUGCUGCUGCUGCUGCAGCUGGUUCCAAUUGCUUUGAUUUUACUACUUGUUCUUCUUGUAUUUCUUCCUCUCCAAUAUUCUGUUCACCUGAGGAUCAGAACGAGAUUAAUGAGGUCGAAAAAAUGAGAUGCUAGGCAGAUUUUAUGCAAUCUUCCGUAAUACGCCCCCGCAAGAUAGGACUUCCAUCGGUAAGACCAAUCUUGGAUCUAAGAAUUUCAGUACGUUGGCGAGACAGAGGUUUUGUUAGCAGAUCCGCAAGCUGGUCCUUGGUAUGAACAUGCUUGACAUUUAGAGUGCCCUUUUGAACCAAGUCACGGACAAAAUGGAGGUCAAUUUGAAUGUGCUUCAUGCGAGAAUGAUGAACAGGAUUGAAGCUGAGAUGAGUGGCUCCAAGGUUGUCACAUAGCAGGGAAGGUGGAGCUUUGAGUGGAAAUCCAAGUUCAUUGAGAAGACUAAGUAACCACAUGGUUUCAGAGGCGGCAUUAGUAAGGGAUCUGUAUUCAGCUUCUAUAGAGGAGCGUGCAACAGCCCGUUGUUUCUUUGAGCUCCAUGAGAUAGGAUUAUGACCGAGAAAACUGAUAUAGGCUGAAGUGGAGGUACGAUCAUCAGCAUUCCCAGCCCAAUCAACAUCAGAAUAUGUUGUUAGAUGCCAAGGGGUAUCUUUUUUGAGUUGAAUACCAUGAAAUAUGGUUUGCUUCAAGUAACGAAGUAGCCUUUUAAUUGCUGUCCAGUGUGUGUGCGUGGGCUUGUGCAUAAAUUGAGACAACUUGUUAACAGUAAAGGAAAUAUCAGGACGAGUAAGUGAAAGAUAUUGAAGACUCCCAA